CUACACCCCCUAAAUAUUUUAAUGAUCAUGCUUUCAUCACCUGCUACGUACUACUAAUCCAACAAUUCCAGUCUCAAAAAAUUCACCAUCAUGAUCUUCAUAAUAAUCUUCACCUCAUAUUCCUAGCUACUCUCUCACCCGGCCCUCUCUUUCCAUGGCCAACACCAAAUCCAAAACCAAAACCACAACCACAAGCACCCAAUACUCAAAACCCAAAACCUCUAUUUUUCUAUGCUGCUUUGGAUCUCACAUGCCCAAGAAUAUUGAAGAGUCUGAUCCUAUUAUCCCCGAGAGAAAGAGAACUAGCCGGUUUUCAUGGCCGAGGAUUCGAUUAAAAAACAACAUGAUGAAGUCAACCUCCAAAACGGUGCCGCUUGAAGCUUCAUUCUCGGAGAAAGCUCAGCCAUAUCCCCAGACAAGGUCAAAGUCAACUCUCAAUCAUAAGUCUCCACCGCCUACACCACCACCUCCGGUGGUUCUCUCCGUCACUCCCUAUAAUUCACCUACACAGACAAGGCACGGAGCGAGUAACAAUAUUGUAGAGGACACUCGCGAACAAGGUACAUCAACAUCUACUCCAACCCGCGCAAAACGGCAGGCGCGGCGGCUGUCGUCGUCAAUGCAGAACCAAACGACAAUCAAAAAGUCCAAAACCGCAGGGAGCUCGUACGACGCUUUGGUUGCCAUGUCCGUGCUAGGAGUGACACUCGUGAUAAUGAUUUUUUGGGGUCGUUUAUGUGCCAUUCUUUGCACUUCUGCAUGGUUGUAUUUUAUCCCUCGUUUUAGAAACACUACUACUGUAAACGACGUCGUUCAUGAUACGAGGUCAAACGACGUCGAUUUGGACUCUGAAGUGUACAAGAAGAAAGUGAUAAUGGAAGGAUUACUUGGGAGAAAUCACCGAGGUUAAGAAAAGGAUUCUGGUCAUUUCGGUUGGUUGGUAGGUGGCGUUGUUCAUCUUGUCCUUUCUGUUUAGUGUUAGUGGCUGCUUGCAAUUUUGUCUUAUGGAAAUAAAUACAGAGGACAAAUUGUAAAUUAAUAUGUCUACUUAUUUAAUAUACUAUAAUUUAAUUAUUAUUUCUUUGUUUAAA